AUGAUUAUCAACUCAACCUCCGCACAUCAGGAUAUGACGCUUUUUUGGUCUGGAAACUACACCACCGUACUCGAUACACAAGACCCGAGUCACUCGCUGCAGACCUACGCAGAAAGGGUCGUGGUGGCUGCGUUUAUUCUUUUGAUCGCCAUCAGCAAUAUCGUCGGUAACAGCCUGGUGAUCCUUGCCGUGGUGUUCAGCAAGAAGCUCCGGACUUCUACCAACGCCUUCGUCGUGAGUCUGAGCGCGGCUGAUCUGCUGGCGGGACUAGCGGUUAGCAUGACGGUGGUAGCUCUCCUCAACCCCGGCGAGAGCUGGCCAUCGGUGCUGUGCUCCAUGGCCGGUGUCGUGCUCUACGUCAACUCGACUGCCAGUCUCUUCAACCUGGCCUCCAUCGCUCUGAACAGACUGAUCCUCAUCAAGCGCCCCACUCUCUAUCGUAGCCUCUACACUAGACUAACUAUUGCUGUCAAUAUUGCUGUGGUGUGGAUUGCCGCUAUCGCUGUCAUGGUAGUGCCGCCCUUGUUGGGCAUCGGAGGCUUCGGUUACGACGAGCAGCAUCACGCCUGCAGCGACCUAGACACCCAUCCUAAGGCAAAGAUCUUCGAGAAGAUCCAAACCGUCCUCUCCUUUCCCAUACCCUUCAUCAUCAUCGUCAGCAGCUACAUCAUGAUCUACAUGCACGUCCGGCGUCACUUUCAGGCCCAGAGAGUCUUGCGAGGUAUCAGUGACGAGGCCCCAACCACUAGCUCUGGCAACUUCAUCUUCGUGGUGUCUGAUAACGCGACCGCCCUGAGGACCUCUCACCAGGACCGCAUCAACCGCCAGCAGGUCGAGAUCACCAAGAAUCUUUUCAUAGCCUUCUGCGCCUUCUUCUUCUGCGUCGCUCCGUACAGCAUCGCACUCUUCCUGCCCAACAACGAUCGUUACCUGCUCUUUUUGGCCGCGGUGUUCUUCUGCAAUAGCUGUGUCAACCCAUUCAUCUACGGAGCCAAACACCCACAGUUCAAGAAGGUGAUGCGUUGCAUGUUGAGAUGUCAGUACUCUCAGAUCGAGGAACCAUCGGACACCUUAAAGGCACUGAUGAAUUGUUGCAGAGAGUAACCCGAGUGCACUGUCAUUUAUGUCGACCAAUGCUUAAUGUGUCAUUUUGACCUUGGCAAAAGAGUUAUUUCGACCCAGCUAUUGUUAUUUUGACCCAGCUAGUGUCAUUUGACCCAGCUAGACAUUUUGACCCAGCUAGUCUCACUUGACCCAGCUAGUGUCAUUUUGAACCAGCUAUUGUCAUUUUGACCCAGCUAGUGUCAUUUUGACCCAGCUAGGCAUUUUGACCCAGCUAGUGUGAUGUUGACACAACUAUUGUCAGUUGACUCAGCUAGUGUCAUUUUGACCCAGCUAUUGUCAUUUUUUGACCCAGAGGAGUGUUACUUUUGAUCCUGAAAAGUAUCAAACCAAAUAGAACCAGAUUCCGGAUUAAAUCAGGCGACCAAAGACUUUUUAGAGUGUAAGAUAAUACUCCGAAUAAAUAUUGUACUAGGUUUAAACUAUGUUAAAUACUGUAUUUUUCGUUUAACAGAGUUGGAAUACCGUGGAUUAUACAAUCGUUGUACAGGAGGAUAAUAUGUGGAUAACUCGCAUAUACUUUCGGAACAAUGUUGAUAUAGACUGGAAUCAUAUUUUGAAGCAAACCCUGUACCAAAACUGAAAACUGAAAUUCAAAUUUCAUAAUUUGUAGCACCGACCGGAAUGUUCACACGAUGUAGUUAGAAUGUUGUAGUUUUCUAAGCAUAACGUUGAUAUUCUUGGGAAAUAUGCAUGUAACGGACAUAUGUUCACUGAGACACUACCCAGAGUUUUUAAGCCUUCCCCAUUUUUACUGUUGUUUAUUCAUUAUUUUACCAAAGAAGGUUUUCAUGAGAAGUUUGGAUGAUGAUGUGAGAUAUUGAUUAUAUAUAAUACCAUAAAAAGGUUUAAAUACUGCAAUUUUCAUUUGCUUUAUAGUAAUACAAUUUGGAAUAUUGUGAAACAUGACUCACUCUCUUUCCGGUGUGAAUGAAAGUCCAAACGGACCACUUCUCGGCCAACCAUUAAGGAUGCGGAAAUGGUCAGGUAUUUGGAGGCGAAUUGCACGGCUGUCCUUCAGAAUCUAGAAAGAAAUCAAAAAUCAAGUUUCAGUUUCCAUGAAGUGAGAAGCUGUGAAAGUAACAUCCUUUUGUCCGGUCGCUCAAUUCAAUAAAGGGCCCAUGCAAUGUAUUUUUUAAUGCUAUCCUUGAAAAUGCAGAUUUGUGUCCCAUUUAACCUCAUUUUAAAUUUUCGUUUCGCCAUUUUGAAGUAUGUUAAUUACCAUAUUCAUGAGCACAACAGUGACGGUGAUGGGCGGAAACAUCGAUGCUACAGCUAUGUCAGCACGAAAAGUUGCUAGAAUUUUGGAAAUGUUCACGUCUUAAUUUUAUUUUCUUUGGUGAGUCAUUGUUGUUUCAAAACAUGGCAGAAAGCCAAUGAGCAAACCUUUCUCAUAAGGGUUUUCAAUGAGCAAAUUUUGGGUUCACGAUUUAAACAGAUAAUCCCUAAAGUGAACAGUGUCUCCCCGAAAUGACAUCACAUCAACAGCGCCCUCAGUUGUCUGGAAAAGCAUGGACAAUUUUAAAUGUUUAAAGAAUUGCACUUUUCAAUCGGUAGAAAAUCGAAAAUCUACAGCCGACUCGUACGUGUACACGUACACCGGUGCAGGUGUGGGCGAGACGAUGGAGGCCAUAAUUAUGUUUGUACAUGUAUGUAGCUGUGAAAU